AUGUUCAGAUAUUUAGACAAUAUCUGCAAACUUCUCGCGUUCGCCUGCCUCUUGGCCCUGGCUAUCCGUGACACAAACGCCCAGGAAUGCGCUGCAGGCUCAGCCAAAAAAGUUGCCGGUAAUUGGUACUGCUCUGCAGUCAACGCAAUCAAAUAUGAAAAUUUCCCUGGUCAUGGCUUUUACAACAAAGUCUCAAACAUGAACGCCACUACUGGGGAGUGCACGUCAGAGCAACACAACUAUAGUGGGUCACUCAGUCCGCUAGAUGAAGAACUCUCACUUCACAUCCGCGGUCCUACCUGGCUAAAACAGGUCGCAAUUUACACACUCGAAGACAAAGUAGGAUCGAACGAGAAGCGCGAGACUGAUGCACACCGACACGACAAACCUGGUGUACACGAAUACCUCCACAAUUAUCAUGCCAAAGCCAAAGAGCGGGCUGUAGGUGAUGAAGUAGUGGUCACAAUGGAUGGUAAGAUCGUAUCUUGGGUCAAUGAAUAUGCUGGUCCUCGCCCUGCGACUCAAUUACCCUCAGCCUCUCACCCGGCACACAAGCAUAUAAAGGCGCAAUCGACUGCGGUGUCGCGUACAAUUAGUAGCCAUAAGACUACGCCCACUGAGGACUCGUCUGUCACGAAAGCCAGUCCAGGUGAUACCGAUCGUGGGAAUGGAUGGACGCGCCGCGCUUUCUACAAUGCCGACAGUGGCAAAGCUCAAGGACUUACGUUCUUGAACCAUUUCGGCGGAACGAAAGGCAUUCCUGGGACAGCGGCUGGUGGAUCUGCAUUUGGCGCAUCCCUUUCAUAUGCGUCUGCAGAUGGCCAAUCAGGGGCAGGAUCCCCUCAGACGCUCCAAAAUGCAAUGAUUGAAGAUGACGCUGAGAUCGUCAUAAUGUCCGACGAGAGUUGCGAUGAUGGUGGAUGCGGGUAUGUACGAGCUGGAGGAGUUGCGUACCAUGGCUUUGGCGGCUCACACAAAAUCUUUCUUUUGGAAUUCUCCAUGCCAGUGACUGGAAAGACUGGAUUCAAUGGCGAUAUGCCAGGCAUCUGGCUUUUGAAUGCACAAAUUCCUCACACAUCUCAAUACGGUAUAAAUCCCGACUGCUCGUGCUGGACAAGUGGCUGCGGCGAGUUCGACCUUUUCGAAAUAUUGGACAGUCACGAUAUGCGGUGUAGAAGCACACUACACAUGGCACCCGCGGGCGGAAGCAGCGACUACUUCGACCGUCCUACCAAAGACAACGUGAUUGCAGCUGUAAUUUUUUCAGGAAACGACAAUGGUGUGGUAAUUAGAGUCUUGAAGGAGGGCGAAACAGAUUUUGGUGGAAGUUUGGACCCGAAAACAAUGGCAGGAUGGAUGAUGGGGAAAACAACUUCUUCAGCCAACCAGCCUCCAGCCCUUCCUCAGAGGCCCUCGUCUCUCAAUUCCGUAGUCAAUAGGACAGCAUCCAACUACUCCCCCUACUCUACCGCUAAUCGAUUUGGGACUGGCGCAUACGGUGCCUCUCCAUAUAACUCAUACUCUUCCUAUAGCUCGCCUUACAAUCGAUUCGGGAGCGGCUAUGGCGGUAUGGGUUCGAUGUAUGGUGGUGGGAUGUACGGAGGAGGAGGCAUGGGUGGAAUGUAUGGUGGAGGGAUGUAUGGACAAUCAGGCAUGAUGGGGCCUGGAAUGGAUCCAAACGACCCGAACAGUCUGACAAAUUCGUUCAGUCAGAGUACGCAAGCUACAUUUUCGAUGAUUGAGAACUUGGUUGGGGCUUUAAGUGGAGUGUCGCAGAUGCUAGAGAGUACUUAUAUGGCCACCCAUUCGAGUUUCUUUGCAAUGGUCUCAGUUGCAGAGCAAUUCGCCAACCUUCGCACGACUUUGGGCUCAAUACUGGGCAUAUUCACACUGAUGCGCUACUUCCGGACCCUUUUCGCCAAGAUUACAGGCCGUCCUCCACCAGCGGACGCAACAUCGCUGACUCCUUCCUCCUUCGCCAAAUUUCAAGGCCUUUCAUCUUCUCCAACAACAACAACAUUACCCAAUGGUCAAGCGGCCCCUUCCCGGAAGCCUUUCUUACUUUUCCUGGCCGCUGUAGUCGGCCUUCCAUAUCUGAUGACGAAACUCAUUCGUAGCCUAGACGCACAAAAUCAACAACAACAGCAGCAACAGCAGCAGCAGCCCGAAGGCUCGGUCAUCCUCGGCUCUGAUGGCCGACCGCUACCGGACCAAUAUCAAGGUCAACCACGACAAUUACCCAUCGACCCAAGCAAUCUUGAGUUCUGUCGCGUUCUGUACGAUUACCCGCCACCAAAUCAGCCGCAGCUCGAUAAAGGUAUGGAUCUUUCAGUCAAAGCAAACGAUCUUGUUGCUAUACUGUCGAAGGAUGAUCCGAUGGGCCAGCCGAGUGAGUGGUGGCAAUGCCGGACGAGAGAUCACCAAGUUGGAUAUUUGCCAAGUGUGUAUCUGAAGCCGUUCAUUAAGAAGCCGGUGGAGCAGAUCGAGGGACAUUCCAGGGUGAAUACGUUGAGCAGCGUGCUUGGUGGGGGGAAAGAGGACGAAAACCUAGAGAGUCGCGCCAAUAGUCUGAAGGUUGAAGCCAAGGAGAAGGAGAGGGCGGGGAGCUACAAUUGA